CCUCCACCCCCUUGCCUCUCCCGCUGCGUUGCCCUCUCCCUCUCGCCUCCUCCCUCGUCCACGCGUGUCCUUCUUCUCAUGACGCUCUCCUCCUCCUCCGACGCCGCCGGCCCUUCCUCGCUGCGCGUGCCGAGCGUGCCGCAAACAGCGCAGCAGCAGUCCUACUCCUAUGCCUCGCCCUUGCCCUCUCGCUGUGCGAGUGAGCCGUGUGUGCUGGGCGUGGAUGAGGCGGGCAGGGGUCCGGUGCUUGGACCGCUCGUCUAUGGCAUCGCAUACUGCCCGCUUGCCUUUCAUGACCUCGAGCAGGGCGGCCUGCGCGACGUCGGCUUCGCAGACUCCAAGGCACUCACCGCGGAGCGUCGCGACGUCCUCCUCUCCUCGCUGCAGGCCUAUCCCCACGAGCUAGGCUGGGCCAUCCGCAGUCUCGCGCCGCAGGACAUCAGUGCCGGCAUGCUGCGUCGACGACCUGUGAAUCUCAAUGCCCAGUCUACAGACGCUACCGUCAGUCUCAUCCAGGACGUGCUCGCCCAGGGUGUCAAUCUGGUGCACAUCUACGUCGACACAGUCGGCGACCCGGCAGCCUACAAGCGCCUGCUCUCCUCUCAUUUCCCAAAGCACAUCGAGUGGACCGUCACUUCCAAGGCCGACGCUUUGUUCCCCAUCGUCGGCGCUGCAUCCAUCGCCGCCAAGACGACGCGCGAUGCGGCCAUGGAAGGCUGGCUGUACGCCGAGGACGUCAAGGGCACGCCCGACGGCUUCUGGGAGACGGGCAGUGGCUAUCCUGGCGAUCCACGGACGGUGGCAUACCUCACGAGAACGCUCGACGCCGUCUUUGGCUGGCCGGGCAUCGUGCGCUUCAGCUGGGCGACCAUCAAGACAUUGCUCGAGGAGAAGAAGGGCUACGCCGUCAAGUGGAACGACGAGCCCACUCCCAUUGCACGCUUCUUCGCUGCCGCUCCCAAGGGCGGCAGCGCGACGGGCGGCAACCUGGCUCCGACUGCGGCGCUCGAGGCACGAGCGACAGUCACGAUGGAGAAGGACCGCUCACGCCUGUCGCGCGAUCUCGGGCUGCUCAGCGUGGCGGCGCUCUGA